AUGAACAGAAGAUGUUGGGUUAAUCGGUUUCCCGGGUCAUGGGUCGAAGUUGCGGAUACGGUUCAAUGGGGCCUGAUCCAACAAUUGGUAUCAGAGCGAAGGUUGAAGAGGGCCGGUUUGAGAGUCGACUUUCGAAAGGAAGGAGCCUUCGGGUGCGGGGCUGCCAUCACAGCGAAAGCCGGGUGUUUGGCAAUGGCUGGUGUUUGGCAAUGGCUUCUUCGAGGUUCAAGUUGA